CCACAGCUUCUCUGGGCAACCUGUGCCAGGGCCUCCCCACCCUCACAGGGAAACAUUUCUGCCCCUCAGCUCCUCGGGGAGGUUCUGUUGCUGUAGGAAUCGCCGUGUGCAGCCCUCGCGUUGAGGGUUUUUGGGAGGGUGGGAUGUGACUGUGAGGGAGCUGCUCCUGCUCAGCUGCUGCUCCUGCUCAGCCCAGGAAAACCCCCCCGGUGCUGCCGGGGAAGAACUGAAGCCCCCGGUGGCAGAAGCUGCUUCGCUCAAAUUUCAGAAGAUUUUUUUUUUUAGCUCUGCGUGAACUUGGGAGAGUUUGCUUUCGAGUGUUUGAGCGGCCCCUGUCACCCGGUGUUUAAGUGGUAAGCAGGUAUUAAUUCCCAGAAGAAAGGGCUUAGUGAAAGGUCUGAUCCCAGUGGCUUUAGUUCUUGGGAUCCUCUCAGUCGAGCUGGGUGAGGGUGUUAAAUAUGAAAUGAGCAAAUAGUUUGCUAAUGAGUAUUGCAGUGAAAUCGCUUUUAAUUUGUUUAUUGCAGUUAAUACUCUUGUAAGAAUUAGCUGAUCGUAACAGGAAUUAGCUGGUUGUAAUUUGCAUUUGCAUAUCUCCAUUCAUAGAUAAGUAGGAACCUCUCACCUUUCCAGGGAGGUAAGUGAAGAAAUUCCCUUUUUUCCUGGGGAAGGUGAAUCAGAGUGUUUUGGCUGUUGCACUGAUAAUCACAUUCCUGUACCUGUCAAGCUUGGAGUGCCCUUCUUCUGGUUUAAUAAUUGCAUAAUCAAAUAAUUCUGCGUGAUCUCUUUAAAAUAUCACUUCUCACAGGGCUGUUUGUCACUGGACUUGUUAAUUAACGUUCACACACCAGUCUUACCUGUCUCAUCUGAUGCCAGGGAAGGUGUUGGAUAUUCUUGCAUUGCUCAGUAACCAGGUGCUUUGAUACUGAUUUGGGUGAAGUCACGAAAAACGAGUAAUCUGAGAAAAAAACCACCCAGAAUUAACCCUGUAGGUUUAUGAUUAAAAAAAAUAGAACUAUGAUGCAUUCUUAAUGAAGGAAGAACCACAGCAUAAUUGAAGUAGCUUUUAUAGCUCAGUGUUCUCUACAGAAGCUUUUCAGAUUUUGGUUUUACAGCAGGAAAUGCUGUGCUGGAAAUUACACAGAGCUGUUGAUGUUGCUGCUGAAAUGUUUCCCUAACUUAGGCUAAAAUUGAUUCCAUUAAAUCCCUUCCCCUGCAAGCUGCAGGAAUUCAAAGGGAAUAACUGCACUGUGUUCUGCAGCUUAACCAUGUCCAGGUUUCCACUCUUGCUCUUUAAAGCAAUGAGAUGAUUUCUGGGAAUUAAAUUUGUGUUACUGGCUGAGGAAGGAAUUUAAUCUGCUUCCUGGCACGGGGAGGGUUAAACUGCCCCAGCUCCCCGGUGUCAUUUACACUCAUCACUGGAGACCUGCUGCCUUUUCACAGGGCAGAAAAUUUAACCCAGUCAGGUGUUUUCCUGCUGUGUUCAAAUCUUAAAACCUGAUGGUUUCGCAUCUAACCAAGAGCUGGGGUGUUUUCCAUCAGGAUUCUUAAACUCUGCAGACCUGCAGAGCAUCUCCUCAGUGCAACAGUUCCCCUGCAGGAUUUGAUGUGUGCCGUGAUGCUGGUCAGCAAAAAUUGGGAUUUUCCAAGUAUGAAAGGGGUUCACAUGGGAAAAUGCCACAGUGGGGAGCAGAGGGCAGGCCUGCAGUGCAGGGACAGCAGGGCUGUCACCUCAGCUCUGUGCCCAGAACCCAGAUGUGCAUUUGGUUUAAUCCCCCUGUGUUUUGGAGGCAGGAGGGCAGAGGUUGGUUGCCUGUUUUUCACAGGGAGCUGGAUGAAGCGAAUCAGGGCACAGAAUGAAGAUGCAGGGGCUGCCAGCUGAAUUUGUUCAGUGUUAAGAUGAUAACUGGGUGGGUUUGUGUGCAUCUCUUGACAGUCACAGUGACUGUGCAACCAUCACUUUCUGUCCACUUCACAGGGAACUUGAAUUGUUCAGUGGUGCAGAAAUUAAUUGUAAAGAAGCUGGGUGCUCUGGCUCUUUUCUUGGCUUUUUUUUUCCCCUUUCCUUUUUCAUCCCUCCUCUCUGACUGUGUGUGUGCUGUCUGGGAUAUCUGAGCUCCUGGCACUUGUCUGCAAACACUUCUGUUUGUUAUUGAUCCCUCUCCUGCUCCUGAGUCGAUUUGGCAAAGACCUUUCCUUAAUUGUGUUGCCUGCCCUACCAUCAGUCUUGCCUUUUACUUUUCCAUUUGUCACCUUUUUUCUUUACAAAACUGCCCUGUUCUCUUCCACCACAAUGUGUGGCAAUAACAUGGAUGUCUUCUUUUUUUUUUUUUCAAAAUACAAAAGGAGUUUCAGAGUUUUGGAACCUCCUCGUGCUGGAGCUUUGAACUUAAUUAUAAUUCUCUGAAUUACUUCAACCAAAUUCGGAAAAAGAAGGAAAAACUGAGAUUUUUUUUCCCCCCACAAUGCAUUCUUUAGGUCUUUUAAGCUGGUGUUUUAGAACCAAAGGCAAUCCAGGGCUGGAAUGCUGCUCUCAGUUCCACCUUGGCUGGACUGGAGGAGUGUCUGUGUCCUGCUGCCCUGUUUGCUGAGCCCAGAUUUCUCCCAGAGCCAGAUGGUGCCUUUUGUUUUUUCCCUCGUUGGCACAUUUUUGUUCCCUUUUCUGUCCCCUCCUUGUGUGAAUCAGCGAGCACAAAAGAAGGAGGUUUCCACCAGCAAACUCAUUUUCUUGCAUUUCCAUCCUUUCUGUGACACUGAGAAUAUUUUCCUGGGGAAAUUCAGGAAAUGUUCCCAGGUCUGUGCCCGAGUUUGUGGUGGUUUGGCUGAAGGGGUGACAGGGACUGGGGCAGUUACAGGAGCACAGGAUCCUUCCAACAGCUCUUGUUCCCCUGAUUUAACUCAUUUAAUGGAGCAUCACACCUUGGGUGUGUCCCAGAGCAGUUUGGAAAUACUUAAAACCAUUUAUCCUAAAUAUUUUUCCCUCAUUUUUACGUGAUUUUUCGCCUUAAGUCCAAAGUGUUUGUGUGUUGUUAAUUAGAAAUCUUGUCUUAAAUGUUUUCCCAUGAGUGAGACUGGGUUUAUUCUGCAUUUUUAAUGUGGUUUUGUUUCAGUUCAUGGCAUUUCUCAGUGUCUGCUUCAAAAGAAUAAGCUGAUAUUCCAAAUGAGACCAUUGCCAAUGAAACACCAUAUAUUUACCUAUCUUUUUUUAGUGUUAUGUCAUAAAUUAACACUCUUUCCAAAGGUAGAUCCAGUGCAGUUCCAUGUUUUCUCUCAUUUGCAGUGUGAUAACCUCAAGAUUAUUGCAGGUAGCAGAAGGUACUACACUCCUUUAAAAUCUUUUUUUUUUGCUGUAUAAAAACUAGUCUCCCUAAACUCUUUUAUUUAGCCUUUUGCUUUUUUUUUUUUGCAUGUUUUUUUUAAAUCCCUUGAUGUGUUUACUCACAGCUGUAGACACUCUUCCCCAUGGGAAGGAAAGGUAUUUUCCAGUGCUCAGGAGAAGGAAAUUUCCCUCCAUUAGGAGAUUUUAGAUUUUGUUCCACAUGUGCCUGGGGAGGCUUUGGAGAGGUGGUUUGACUUUGCUGUGCACCUGAGGAAAUAAAGUUAUUUCCUCAACUAUCAGAAGACCCCUCUGAUGACUCGGGAAGGGGUUUUAAUUGUUAAAUAAGAAAUGGCUGUUCAGUGCAAAGUGUGUCAUGGAGGAAAGCUUCUAGAGCAGUGUUGUCAUUUUGGAUUUCUGUCAGGGCAAAGGGAGGAGGAAUUUCAGCUCCUUGACAGAAAAUGAACUUUAAUUUCCUUUUGAUUGAGCAGCAGAGUCCUCGCUCCCCUUGCAGGGUUGGGAUGUGGUGCUGCCCAUUUGGGGGUGACAACAAAUGUCAGGGUGACUUCUCUUCUUUGUUUUUGUAAAAUUCUUUGCCUCCCCAGCCAGGGCAGGGUGGUGUGCUGCCCUUCCCCUCAGUUUGGGUUGUGUUUUUUGGGAUGGCAGAGCCCUGGUGGAAGCUGGCCCGUGCCCAGGAGCUGCAGUGGGUGAAGGAUGCUGAGGGAUCCCAUGAAGUCCUGGAGUGACAGCCAGUCAGACCUGUACAGCAGCGACCAGGAGGAGGAGGAGCAGAUGAUUUUUGGGGAAAAUGAAGAUGAUUUGGAAGAGAUGAUGGAUUUAAGUGACUUGCCUACCUCCCUCUUUGCCUGCAGUGUCCACGAAGCUGUGUUUGAGGUGCAGGAGGAAAAGGAGAGGUUUGAAGCCCUUUUCACAGUCUAUGAUGACCAAGUGACAUUCCAGUUGUUUAAGAGCUUCAGAAGGGUGAGGAUAAACUUCAGCAAUCCCGAGGCAGCAGCGAGAGCACGGAUAGAGCUGCACGAGACAGACUUCAGUGGGAAGAAGCUGAAGCUUUACUUUGCACAGGUGCAGGUAUCCAGUGAAAUAGGUGACAAGUCCUACCUCCUCCCUCCACAACCUGUCAAACAGUUCCUGAUUUCCCCCCCUGCCUCUCCACCAGUUGGGUGGAAACAGAGUGAAGAUGCAACUCCCCUGAUAAACUAUGACUUGCUGUGUGCUGUCUCCAAGCUGGGACCAGGGGAGAAGUACGAGCUGCACGCGGGGACAGACUCCACCCCCAGCGUCGUCGUCCACGUGUGCGAGAGCGAGACGGAGGAGGAGGAGGAGAUCAAAAACCCCAAACAGAAGAUCCUGCAGACCCGGCGCCCAGACCCCCCCCCGACGAUCCUGGGCGACUCCAAGGCCUUCGAGUGUGCCCUGGAGGUGGGGGGGACCAUGCACUGCUAGAGCUGAGCUGCUCCAGGGGGUACCAACACCAGACACUCCUGAGUCCAUGUGUCGAUGUCUGUGCUGCUGCUGUAGCGACAACAGAUCUGACUUGUAGUUGUCUCUCAUGCUCAAGAGUUUGGA